AUGGAGCAACUUGGGAGAUUCAUUCGACUGGAUGCUAAAGGAUUAUUGGAAAAGACACGGUUGUACUUAAUAAAGAAACUGCUGCCACGUGUGGAAGAGAGAAAGAAGUACCAUCAGGAGUUUGCCUCAUCCACUUCAUUUCAUGGAGUGCAUAACAUCGUCCAAACGCAGAGCAAGACACGCAGAGUGCUGUGGCUGUUAGUAGUCAUGGGCUCCCUUGCCAUCGUCAUUUGGCAAAUCUGCAAUCGCUUCAUCUAUUACUUCAGCUGGCCAACCACAACAUCGGUUUAUGUUCAGUAUGUGGAAAAUGUUGAAUUUCCUGCUGUGACUUUUUGCAACUUGAACAGGUUUCAAGCUCAUGCAGUAACCAACCUCCAAAUCAUUUUUUUUCUUUGGAGCAUCGUGUCUGGAGUUCUCCAAGAAAUUUCUAUGAAAGAUAACUUUUCUCAAGAGCUAAAUGAUUUCCUUCUUGGAAACCAGAACUUCAGCAUUAAAGAGUUCACAAGGGAAAACGGGUUUUAUCUCAACAGCAGCACAUUGCUAGAAUGUGAAUUUUUUGGAAAGCCAUGUUACCCAGAGGAUUUUGAACAUGUUUUCACUGAAUACGGAAACUGCUUUACUUUUAAUCACAAUGAUCUUCCAGUAAAGAGAAGAGUUAGUGUGUCUGGACGAGGUUUAAGUUUACUUUUUGAUGUCAAUCAGGCGCAAUUCACUGAUGACCCUUCCCUCGGUUAUAUUGACGCUGGUAUAAUUUAUGUUGUCCAUUCACCCAAAGAACUUCCACGCUUUGAUGGUUUAGGUUUAUCAACACCAGUCGGCAUGCACGCUCAGGUUGCAAUCCGCCAGCUGAAGACAAUUAUUCAAGAAUACCCAUGGGGAGAGUGCAAGCCUGAUAUUAAACUUCGACACCACGAGAUUUAUAGUACGUAUGGAUGUUUGCAGGAAUGCAAGGCCCGGUAUAUACAAGACUGGUGUGGCUGUUUACCAUUCAUUCUUCCAGGAAAUGCAAGAGAAUGUGAUAUACAGAAGUUUUACAGUUGUGUUUAUCCUGCAAUCUAUGAAAUAGAGCUAGAAGGAUUAUGCACAGCAGGAACCCACAAUUCCACUUGUCCUGUCCCAUGCGAAGAAACAGAUUAUCCUACCACUGUCACCUAUUCAAGUUUUGCAGGAGAAAAAGCUAUAAAAUUUAUUUCUGCAAAGCUGAAGAGAAGCCCAGAAUACAUCAGGCAGAACCUUGUGCAUAUUGACAUUAAAUAUCAUGAUCUGAACUACAAAAUGACACAACAGCAGAAGGCCUUGACUGUAGCCGAUUUGCUUGCUGAUGUAGGUGGCCAGCUUGGAUUGUUUUGUGGUGCCAGUAUGAUUACAAUCAUAGAACUCCUUGAGUACAUUUUUACUAACUUCUGCUGGAUGUGCAUCUUUCUUCUACUGAAAGCGCCUGAAAUGCCUCAGUGGAAUAUUCCAUCCCAGAACCAGCCAACACAAAAGGAAGAAAAGAAGGGAAUACAAGAAUGUUAG